UGAACCUACACACGCGGUCUGUAAAACACAGAAAUGGCGCCCGCCCUCUCUGCUAGUUUGUGUUUACUUAGAAUAAGGGUCAUGUUUUAAAGCUUGACGUUGCAUUAAUUGAAGAAAAAAAUACCAGUGUGGAAUACGAAUUAAAAACCCUGCUGUAACUGUAAAAAAUAAGCAAAAACUUCAUAAAUCGGGCCAAUUAAAUAAAAGUAUACUCUUACUUCCGACAGCCUUGAGCGAAGGCGAGAACUGACAGUUUUGGAUUUUCCACAAUCGCCGCUCUCUGUUUUUGUUUUCUUUGAAAAUUGAGGACGAGCAGGAAAGGAGCUUAUUCUGACUGAAAGCAGAUUUUUAUUUUCUGGAGUUUUAAAGCACCAUGAUUUCCCUCGAUAUGAGCGCUGCACACGCCUCGUAAAAAUGCUGUUUUGAUUGAACUCUGCAUAUCCUCUGUUUCUUGUGAUUGCUCAUGGGGUUCUUCUAAGUGGCUUGACGCUGUUCCUGUUUCGCAUGCCCACCUGCUGAAGUACAUUUGCGCAACGCAGCGGACGCCUAGCAAGCGUGCUCAUUUUCUGUGCUUUGCAAUGACUGUUCGAAAGUUUGUCGCCUACCUCCGUAGUUGCGUCCUCCUAGGGCAGUGCGGCGGCCUACACAUCUCGGCUACCCGCCCACUCGUCACCCAGUCGGCCAGCGCCGGCUUCAAGCCGUCCAAAGUGGCAGUUGUGGCCAAAACCACCCGCUACGAGUUUGAACAGCAGAGGUACAAGAUGUCGGGGCUCACCGAAGACGAUUUGAAGCAACUGCUUGCAAUGAAAGGAUCAAGUUACAGUGGGUUGCUGGAGCGCCACAAUAUCCACACAAAGAAUGUCGAGCACAUUGUUGAGAGUUUACGAGAUAAAGGGAUUGAAGUUCGACUUCUCAAGAGGCGAGACUAUAAUGAAGAAGCUGUUCAAUGGGCCGAUGCGAUUGUAUCAGCUGGUGGGGACGGCACAAUGUUACUUGUUGCCAGUAAAGUCCUUGACCGGCUAAAACCAGUUGUUGGAGUCAAUACUGAUCCUGAAAGGUCAGAGGGACACUUGUGUUUGCCAAUGCAUUAUACAAACUCUUUCCCUGAAGCUCUGCAGAAACUUGAACAAGGAAAGUUCAGGUGGCAGUGGCGGCACAGAAUCCAAAUAUACUUGGAAGGAACUGGAAUCAAUCUCACUCCUGUAGACUUGCACGAACAACAGCUGAGUCUGGACCAGCAUAUCAGGGCUCACAGAACUGACACUGAAACUGGAAGUGUAUCUGGACCAUAUCUUUUGCCAGUAAGAGCAUUAAAUGAGGUCUUCAUUGGGGAGUCACUGUCUUCAAGGAUGAACUAUAAAACCUACAAACCACGUUUCACCUUCUCGCUUCAUAGGGCCUCAUAUUAUGAAAUCUCUGUGGAUGAUGGACCUUGGGAGAAGCAAAAGAGCUCCGGGCUUAAUGUGUGCACUGGAACUGGAUCCAAAGCCUGGUCCUAUAACAUUAAUAAAAUGGUAUUCCAGGCAGUAGAAGAUAUUCUUAACAUAGGUAAAAUGCAUGCAGGAUUAAAUUUUGACCUGGAAAGAGAGUUAAUUGAAAAAGUUACAGAGGAGUACAAUAACUCUCUGAUAUUUAAUCCAGAAGAAACAAAGAUGUUUUUUAGUGUUCGGGAACCAAUUGUUAACAGAGUCUUCUCAAGCAGUCGACAGCGUGGCUUUACAAAGAAGAUCUGUGUCCGUUCUCGUUGUUGGGAUGCUUGUAUGGUACUGGAUGGGGGAACAUCAUUUGAGUUCAAUGAUGGAGCUAUAGCGACGAUUAACAUGAAUGAGGAAGAUGCAAUUUGCACAGUCAUACUACAAGAGUGAAAUGGUCUUGAUGUCCAGAAAGAACGUCAGGAUUGCAUAUUUCAGGGUCUUGUGAAGAGUGCUUUCUUUUCAGUCAGAUGAAUGUGAGAAAGGCCAGCAAAAUGGACUUCAUAUAUAACUAAGUACAUAGGUAAAAAGGACUAGAGUUUGCUCUUCCUCUUACCUAAAGCAUUACAUUAUAUUUGAUUGAGUACACUGAGCACAACUUUGAUGGAUUUUUGGUGGUGUAUUUACUGUCUCUGCUAAGAUUCAAAUCUGAUGCACCUUUUGAGCUACCCCACUAUCUAUGCAGGUUUUUAUUAUUAAUGAAUCUCUGGAAAUGAGAUUAAAGAGAACUUAACAGAAAAAUUGUUUUUUAAAGUUGCAAAUUAAUGUAUCUUAAAACAGCUUUUAUGAGGCCUGGUUGCCAAUCAGAAUUCAGUUUUACUAUUUUGUAGUACAUAUGGCUCUUAAUCACUGGUAAAACUACAACUUCUUUUCUCAUCAAAGUUCUGUUUGUGUUCAUCUGCUUUAACGUGUCAUUUGCAUUAUGAUGUAAAAAAAUUUUUAUAUGUGAAAAACAUUCUGUAGAAUGAAUCUGUAGAAUUUUUGGAACAACCUUGUUGUAUCAAUGUAUGAAAGAAGAGACCAUUUCAGUGCUUUGUUUUGGUCGUCCUUUUUUAUGGCUCACAUUUCUGUCAGACUGCAUUAAUGUUUGUGUUCCAUCCUUAUUCCUUCCAUUUUAUUGAGCAUGAUGCUUGCCAAUGCUCACAUUUUAUAUCUGCACUAAGAAUGUUUUUUUUUGUUUUUUUUAGUUGGCCUUUUUAUGUUCAGUAUUUUUUCCACCUGCUUGGAUGAUUUUGGGAGGCAUGCAGCACUUUAAAAGUAUUUGGUAUGCCAGGUUCUUCUACUAUGUAAUGGUGGUUGAAAUUCUAAAACCUACACUUGUCUGUUAUUUCCAUUUUACGUUGUCAUCAGUCUUCUAAUGCAAGUUUCUAGGUAGAGAGCAUUGUUAAAGUGAGUCCAUCUUUGCUACUUAUUGAUUUCUAAUCUUUCUGGUUUAUUCUUCUACAGUUAGGUUUAUGACCUGAAGAAGCAGGGAGUUAAAUAAAAAUAGGGUGGUGGAGCACUGGAAUUAACAGUGUACACUAUUUGGCCACCAAAAAAACUUUUUUAAAUUGGGGUAGGCCUGAAUGACUUAAUUUAUGUCAACAAAGAGCCAGCAUGGUGUCUUUCAACCUUUUCUGUGUAGUUUUAUUAGUCGUCUUCUGAACUGUUUCAUUUCCAGUCAAUUGAUAAAAGGAUACAUUUGGUACUUUAGAAGUUAUUUUUCAAUAGUGGUAUACAUUUUUUUUCAUAAGAAAUGUGCACUGUUAACUGGAGCUAUAUUUAAAAAUAAAAAUGAACAAUGGGGUACCAUAUGAAAAGUUUUCAACAAAAGCACACUUCAAAAAAGAGGAUAUAUCUGCAUAUUGAUUCACAUCUGGAGAUUGUAGACAUAUUGGAAUGGUACAUAUGCACAUAGGUUUUACAAAAAUAUAAUUUAUUUUUGUGACAUGUGCAAUUUUAGAAGAGGUCCAGCUUCCCCUGUCAUUCCCACUCCCUAUAUAUGACAUCUUUUCACCCCCAGGGCUAUGGUUAGUGGCAGCUAGCUUCAGAUAUGCUACAGUUGCUAUUGUACCUUGUGAUAUGAAAAUGUAAGAAAUAUAUAUUUUUGCAGGUAAUUUUUUUUUUCCUAAAAAUCUCGACAAGCAAGUUCCCAUUUCAGAUCAUCAAUAUGUCUAUGUAUGAAAAUGUUGAAACUUUCAGUGUGAGCCAGAAUACACAGAUAAGUAGCUGUAACAUACUGAAGUUGAUAGAUAUGCAGAGAAGAGUGUUUACAGUUUGUAUCAGUGGUGAGUUCUGGGUAACUGGCAAUUGGUCUUACAAAUGUGGAAAAUGAAAACUACCAUUUUUGAAAAGCAAAUAUACUGUUGCUACCACAGGAAAUCUUUGAUGUAUUCAGUGACAAGCCCGUUUUUGUGGGAGAAUGUCACUUAUGUUAGUGUAAGAGAGAUUUUUUUUUCAGCCAUCAUCAAUCAUUGAAUUCAAGAGUUUUUUUUGGAGUUUCCUAAAUUAGACUGUAAGAUCUGAUCAAAGUCAGAGGAACCAAAUGGAAAGCUUUUAUUAGUGCAUACUUGUUUGUUACCCAUAGUGACACAAUGCUCUCUGCUGAUGCCUCACAACAGAUUGAAGACAAGAGAGAGGCUUCCAUCUUCAUUGUUCCAAAGUCAGGAGUUAUUGAAUGGAUGUUGAUAGUCAUUUUGUCUCCUCCUCUGUAGCUAUAGGGGACUUUCAUGCAUACAGCUAUAGACUUGUUUAUAUAUUGAUUAUUCAUGAUAUUCUGCACUGGAUUGCUUCCAAUUGGCUGUAUUACAUCCUUUACACAGACUUUUGUCAACAUGUAAAAUUUCACAGAGGCCAGUUGCUGUGAACAGACAACAGGAAUCUCUGUUAGUAAAGGUAGUACCAACUGUUACAUUAUUUUCCAGCUUUGUUUUUGCUGUAAUAAGCUUACUUCCAAACUGUGGAUGGAAUAUUUUUUGAAACAAGAACCAUUGCAGCUUUGGUGAGAAAUUAUGUAGUAUGUUUCAAGGGUUUUGUUUCUUCAGGUGUCCUUCUACUUAUAAGCUUCUGGGACAAAACAUUUUUUCCUAAGUAUUGUAAAAAAAAUGUCAAGUUUCCAGGGCAAAUUAAUGUAUGCUACAAAUAUUAAAAAAUUAACAGACUAUGACACUACUGAAUUUCUCUUUAAGGCUUGCUUGCUACCUGUUUUGUAAUUAGAAAGCCUUUAUUGUCAUUGUACCAGUACAAUGAAAUUGUAAAAGCUACACCUGUAAACAAUGCAAGUUCGACAAACAAAUAAUAUAAAAAGCGCACAUACUAUAGCACAUACCGUACAUAAAUAAAUAAGGGAUGGAAAUUGUUAUUCAUUAAAGUAAUUAUCGUACAUACUGGGGGGAAAAAAAACAGUUUUGAAAGUUUUUAAAAUGUAAAAUUCUGAUAGCCCUAGGAUAAAAACUAUUUGCAAAUCUUUUUGUUCUACUUUUAAUGCUCUUGUACUGCCUGCCAGAGUGCAGUAGUGUAAACAAUGAGUGGCCAGGAUGGGAAGGGUCUUGGGCACUGGAGAAACUUCUAGGGAGGGCACAGAACCACCAGUGAUUUUUCUCUGCCCACUGCAGAGCUUUCUUGUCUGCUUCUGUACAGACAGCAUACCAUGUUGAAAUACAGUAUGCUAAAACACUCUCAAUGGUUGAGCGGUAGAUGGUCAACAACAGUUCCCCCUUCAUUUUUACUUUAUGGAGAAGUCUCAGGAGGUGCAGUCACUGCUGAGACGUUUUGACCACCGCCAGAGUGUUUGCUGUCCAGGACAGGUCCCCACAGAUGUAAGUUCCCAGGAACUUAGAGGUGGCUCUCUCCACCAGGUCCCUGUUGAUGUGGAGUGGGGCGGACUCUGCCCUGUGCCUCCUGAAGUCAAUGACCAUCUCUUUAGUUUUGUGGGUGUUAAGUGAAAGAUUGUUCCUGGAACUCCACACUGACAGCUUCUGCACCUCAUCCCUGUAUGCUGACUCAUCUUGACCGUUUAGGAGACCUACCACGGUGGAGUUAUCAAGAGACUUGAUGAUAGUGUUGCUGGAGUAAACAGAUGUACAGUCAUAACUGUAAAGGGCAUAGAGAAGUGAGCUCAGUACUCAGCUCUGAGUGGAGUCAGUGCCAAGUGUGAGGGUGGAGGAGCUGUGGGGACCAAUUCUAACAGUUUAUGGAAAUCCAUUAUCGAAGCUGACAAGGAGGGGGAAAAGUUCAGGUUAUGCAGCUUAUCGAUUACUAAUUAGGGAUGAUUGCAUUAAACGCUGAUCUGUAUUCGACAAACAGCAUCCUUGCAUAGGUCCCUGAGUAUUACAGAUAGCUCAUCACUGCAUGUUGCCCCUCAUUUUAAAUGAAUGGGAAACGUGUAUAACUUUACAUUUGUAUACAGGUGGUAAUUUUCUUUUUUUUUUUCCCUUUAAACAUUCAUAUUUCCUAAUUUCAGGUAAGGCACUUUACAUGUUUUUCACUGAGGCCAAAAAUUCAUUUUUCAUAUUUAAAGAUCCACACAUAUUUAUUUGGUUUGAUUAUGCUGGUGUUAUGUAGUAUACAUUUUUUGCCAUUUUUCUUUUUAUUGUGUGUUUAAUUGACAGCUGUAAAUUGGCACGCUGUGAGUGUGCAAGUGUACCCAAGGAUGGACUGGUACCCCCAUCCUGGGACGGUUGUUUCCUUGUACAUAAUGCUGCCAUAUUGGCACCAGUUCACACAACUCAGAUGUGAUAUGAAAGUUAAGGCAGGAUAGAUGGGUUUGAACUCGAUUCCUCAAAGUCACUAGUUUUUAAUUUAAUUAAUUUUUUAUUUGGUCCCAUCUUCAUUUGUAUUUCUACACUUGGUAGGCGUUUAAAACAGUGGUCUGAAAUUCAUUUUCUCAGGAUUUGCAUUGUCUGCUGAAUUUCUGUCCAGCCAUACACUUUUAACAAGAGAGUCUAAUUGAACAAUUUAUUUAAUUGGACCUUAUUUCUUUAUUGACCAUAUUGUCGGAUAAACCUCAGCUUUUUAAUUCUACUUUCCUAAGAAUGUUAUGUCCCAGUAUCAUUAAUAUUUUUACCCAUGGUAAUAUGCAGUAUUCUGUGUCUCGUUGAUCAAACAUUACUUUUUACAGAGUGAAAUCCUAAUAUAAAGUUUGAAAAGGCAUGAAAGUGUAGAUUACAUUAACUGCUGAUAAUCGGAGUAUUGUGUAAUGUGUUUUAAGUAACAACGGGUUUUCAACAUAAAUAACGGGAUAGCUCCCAUAGCACUGAAGAUGCACCACACCAUGCAUCUUAAGUGCAAAAAAAAAAGAGCUUUAUGCCCGCAUAAAUAUAUCAAUUAUCAAAAAGGAAACUAGAAUUCAAAUGAAAGAUCUGAGUGAGAAAGCAGAUUCAUAGCAGUAAACUUUCAAUGAAGCACACAAUCUCGGAGCCACUGCAUCAUUUCUUUUAACAGAAUUUGGAACCCCCUGCUUCAAGGUUUUUGCCUAAAUUUGAGACCCGUAUUCUGUCCUGGGCAGACAGAAUUAUAAAUAAAUAAUGUAGCACUGGUGUGUCUCUUGCUCAGGUCAGUGAUGCAGUUUAGCUCUUGAUGAUUUCAUUCUAUCCAUCUACUUUUGAAUUGAAUUUUCUUAUCAUUGGUCUGAAAAAAAUGUGUUAUUGAAGUAUGUGUUCCAUUUCGGGCAAGCUGUUAUGUUGCUGCUUUGGUGUUUUCUAGCUGAUAUUAAGCCUUUGAAGCACUUUUUACAUAUGUGGAUAUACUUGAAAAUAUUUGUCUGCAGCAAGUAUUGCUUUUUGUAUGUUUUGCAAUGUGAAUGGAGUUGACCAGAACUGCUUUUGGUGCUGUUAAGGCUUGGCUUGUAACAUAAACCAGUAUGUUCAAGCAAGCUGAAAAAAAAAAACACAA